AUGGCCCAAUAUGAAGAUUUACAGCGUCUGGUACCUGUUUUGACUGCUCUGUUGGUGGUCGCUGUGUCUUACCUGGUGUACAAUGUCGCCUUUCGCACAGACAUCCCGCAUAUCAAAGGCAUGCCGGAAAUUCCUGGCGCAGUGCCGGUUUUCGGCCACCUUCUCAAACUUGGCGAAGAUCAUGCCAGCGUUUGUGAGAAGUGGUGGCGUCAAUACAACCACUCCGUGUUUCAAAUCAAACUCGGAAAUACGCGAGCUGUCGUGGUGAACUCAUUCGACGACUGCAAGAAAAUGUUGCUUGGGAAUCAAAAUGCUGUCAUUGAUCGGCCGACUCUGUACACGUUCCACGGCGUCAUUAGCAGUACCCAGGGCUUCACCAUCGGCUCCUCUCCUUGGGAUGAUUCUUGCAGGAAGAAGCGAAAGGCAGCUGGCACAGCGCUUAGCAAACCUGCCAUGCGAAACUACUACCCCAUGUUUGAUUUGGAGAGCUACUGCAUUCUUCGAGAUCUCAAGGCAGAUAGCCGAAACGGCGAGGUCGAGAUUAGCGUUCGACCCUACAUCCAACGAUAUGCCCUCAACACUACCUUGACCCUCUGCUAUGGCAUUCGCAUGGAUGCUGUCUACGACGAGCUGUUGCGUGAAAUUCUCCACGUUGGAUCGGCGAUUUCACUGUUGCGCAGUGCGUCGGAGAACCUGCAAGACUACGUGCCGAUCCUGAGAUAUAUCCCAAACAACACGAAGAACGCCUACUCCAAGGAGCUCCGCGACAGACGCGAUACAUACCUGAAUCUUCUCUUGGACAAAGUGCGAGAGAUGAUUAAAAAUGGCACUGACAAGCCCUGCAUCUCGGCGGCGAUUCUCAAGGACGAGGAAACGAAACUUUCAGGAGUCGAGGUCUCUUCAAUCUGCCUGUCUUUGGUUUCUGGAGGAUUCGAAACAAUUCCCGGCACCCUGACCUCUGCAAUCGGAUCCCUUUCAACUCCGGAAGGACAGAUCUGGCAGGAUCGCGCUUACGAGGAUAUCAAGAAAUACUACCCCGAUAUGCGCGACGCUUGGACGAGCAGCUACGUGGAGGAGAAAGUCCCUUACAUUAACGCAAUUGUCAAGGAGGCGGGCCGUUACUACACCGUUAGUUCUAUGAGUCUCCCUAGAAAGACAGUGACAGAGGUGAAUUGGAAUGGUGCCAUCAUCCCCCCAAAGACGAUGAUCUUGAUCAAUGCACAAGCUGGAAACCACGAUGUUGAUCAUUAUGGUGACGACGCGGGCAAGUUUGACCCGGAGAGAUGGCUCAGCACUCUCGAUCCUCCUACGGAAAGAGAGCAAAAUGGGCUGGGUCAUUUGAGCUUUGGCACCGGAUCCCGUGCUUGUUCGGGCCAACACAUUGCCUCGAGACUUUUGUACUCUGCGCUGAUCCGUAUUCUAUCUUCCUACAAAAUCGUGGCAAGUGAGACGGAGCCGCCCAACACUGACUAUGUCGAGUACAAUGCGAUUAAGACAGCACUGGUGGCUAUCCCCAGAGACUUCAAGGUCAAGCUUAUCCCUCGGGAUGAUGGUGUUACCAGCGAGUGCCUGGAUGCUGCCAAGGAAAGGACUCAGGAGCACUACAAGGAGUAG